UUUAAAAUACUAAAUACCAGAUAACGAAGUGCUGUUGAAGGGGUAUUCAGCUAGAAACGAGGCUCUUGUAUGAUAAUAAAAAAAUUAACUUUGUCAGUGUAAAUGGUAUUGUGCAUAUAUAUCCUCUUCUGGAAUUCAGUCUUGAAAAAAUUAGAACACCAAUGCUAGAUGGGUGCGAGAAGAGCAUGCCACGUUCUAUUAGCAUACCACUCUAAUGGAUGACAGGUGUCAUACUGUGCCACGUGUACUCCCCUUUCCACCUCUUGACCUCCGUCAAAACCUAUAUAUAUACUUAUUCUGCAAAUUGCAUGUCAUAUAAUAUAAGCUUGAAGCUACUUUAGUGAAAACAAUGAGCCAGGAACAGCAAAGGCGCGCCGAAGAAUCUGACCCCAUCAAAUACGGCGACGUUUUCAAUGUCUCCGGCGAACUCGCAGAGAAGCCUGUCAAACCCGAAGACGCCGCCAUGAUGCAGAGCGCUGAGACCCGCGUUCUCGGCAAGACCCAGCCAGGAGGAGCAGCAGCAACCAUGCAAUCCGCCGCCACCCUGAACGAGCAGGCUGGCCUCGUCGGACACCAUGAUGUCAACGAGGUCGCCGGAGACCGCGGUGUCACCGUCACUGAUAUGCAAGCCCCCGGAAGACGCAUUGUAACCGAAUCAGUUGGUGGACAGGUUGUCGGGCAGUAUGUUGAGCCGACACCGGUUCAGUCUAGCCGGGCCAGCGCGGUUCGAGAGAGUGCAAUAACCAUAGGGGAGGCGCUGGAGGCUACCGCGCAGACGGUGGGGAGCAAGCCGGUGGAGCAGAGUGAUGCUGCCGCAAUACAAGCGGCUGAGGUGAGGGCAACCGGGAGCAAUGUAAUCCAGCCGGGAGGUUUGGCUGCCAUGGCUCAGUCGGCGGUGGCUUUCAAUGCUGGGUGCCGGAAUCCCCAAGAUAAGAUCAAGCUGGCCGACAUCCUGACCGGCGCCACUGCGAAGCUGCCGGCUGAUAAGGCUGCUACGCACCAGGAUGCUGAAGGAGUUGCGAGUGCGGAGGCAAGGAACAACACCGGUGGAACCACCCCUGGUGGCGUUGCGGCUUCUGUGGCUGCAGCUGCUCGGCUCAAUGAGAAAGUUAAUGUGUAAUAUAAUACAAGGAUAUAUGAAGUUGGGGUUGGUAAUGGUAUAGUACUCGUUUCUAGUACUCUUUCUGUGUAUAUGUAUUAUGUUAUGUUUUGGGUUUUAUAGGUACUUUCAAGCAUCAGACUAAAUAUAUUUUUGUUUGUUUGUUAGCUAGA